GACAAACUCCAUUCCAGAGAGCCCUGCCAGAGCUGCACGCAGAGCACCCUGCAGCGGUCAGGUGUGCAAGCCGGCACUGUGCAACAGCCAAUUCAAAGAAGAUCCCCAUUUGGUACAACACACAGGGAAGCUUUAUCUGCCCUGACGUCCUCCCUGCCUGUAUCUCCUGCACAGGUUCGGUGGAAGCUCCCACUGAACGCAGCCUGAGCCCUCCUCGAGCUACGGGCUGGGUCAGACCACUGCCCCCAACCCCCCUCAGAGCAGCGGACACAACCGCGCAUGCGUCUCCCCGCGACGCUGACUCCUCCGUCACGUGACGCGGGAACCAACCCGCAGCCGCUUCAAGAUGGCGGCGCGCGUAGAGCGGCGUAGAGCCGCCGAAGGGGGCGGGGGCGGCUGUUGUUGAAGCUUUAUUGUUCCCGCGGCUGUCACAGGGCGCGCGCCGUGUUCGCCGCGCUGCUCCCAAUAAAGCAGGACCUUGUGAAAGCAGUGCGAAGACCAAAGCAAGAGAAAACCACUAGGUCCAGGAGCCAUGGAACUUCCCAGCUACAGCAAGCAGCUGCUGCAGCAGCUGUACACUCUUUGCAAAGAACAGCAGUUCUGCGAUUGCACCAUCUUUGUUGGGACUGCUCACUUCAGAGCACACAAGGUUGUUUUAGCUGCUGCCAGCCUGCUUUUUAAAUCUUUGUUGGACAGCACAGACACCAUUUCCAUUGACGCUUCCGUGGUGACACCUGAGGAGUUUGCAUUGUUGCUGGAGAUGAUGUAUACUGGCAAGCUCCCAACAGGGAAACACAACUUCACCAAAGUCAUCUUUGUGUCAGAUAGUCUGCAGAUGUUUGACGUGGCUGUUAGCUGCAAAACCCUCCUGAGAGACCUCAUCAGCUGUUCAACUCAGGAUCAGGUAGAAGUCUCUGCCCACACGGCAGACUCAUCUGGAAGCAGCGGUGAAGCUGAUAACCUGCCCCAGUCUGAAAAACCUGCUGCUGAAGGAAAAGCAGAUGCCCUGCACCCUUCUGGCCCUGGAGAAGCAGAGAUGGAAGCAGAUAUUUCUCUUCCUGAGCAGGAACUGACUGUGAAUCACACCUGGCUUCACCAGGAUGUGAUGCUGAGCAGCUCGGGGUCCCUCCAGGAGGAUUCAGGCUCUUGUGCUGCCCAGCCUGCCUGCCCAGAGCAUGGUUGCUGUGUUGAAGUGGAGCCUGCUGAGCCUCUGGAGAAGAAAGGAAGAGUGAGUGGUUUAGCAGCAGAGAGCAAAAGCUGUAAACUGGAUUUCUUUCUUCGAUAUGAAAGUGUUUUCUCAGAGGCCCUUUCUGAUGCCCAAGCCGUGCUGAGAAGACUAGAAGAGUGCAGAGAAAUUGAUGCCUCUCAAAGGGAGGUUGUGCUCACCUGUCUGGCAGAGGCAGGAGAACAGUCAGUGUUCAUGAAGCUGUUGAGCAAAGUGAAGGAUGCUCACACUCUGGAUGCUCAGACCCUUGUGUCUCUACUGAAGCUGUUUCAAGAUGUGAAUCCCAAGCUGAGAGCGGCCUUGCUGGAGAGGGAGCAGGGCAGUGGAGAGGUCCUGCAGCAAACAGAGAGUGCACAAGAGGGAGAGAUGCUGACCGCUCGUUUGCUGGGAUGCAAGGAGGAGCUAAUCCAGAGCGUGACACAGCUGAGCCCCAUUGUAGAGUUCUUGGAGGCAGCAGAAGAGGGAUUCCUGACCGCCAUGGAGAAGCGGGUAGUUUUGAAUUGCUGUGAGGGCAAAUCCCAGAGGGAAGCCGUGGACAAUUUGCUCAAGAAGGUGGAAGAGGAGAAAACCCUGAAAGCUGAAAGUUUGGUCAAGCUUCUGAGGGCUGUGAAAGCGUCAUUCCCUGGUCUCCAUCUUUUGCUAGACAACUUGGAGGUGAAAGCAAACGUCUCUGAUGGCAAAGCCAAAUGGAGUUUGGAGGAUUAUGGAGCCCAACUGCUGAGACGAUACCAAGAAAGGUUAGUGGAGCACCUCACAGACACCCAGACACUGCUGCGUGGCAUUUCUGCUGCACAGAGCCUAGCUCCUGCUGACAGAGAGGCAAUGGAACAGAUUGUGAAGUGCGAGACUGGCUCAGGUGGCUUCAUCUCGCUCGUGUCUGCGGCACUGGAGGAGCAGUCUCUGUCUGUUUCUGUGGUCUGGCAGCUGCUGCUGGCUGUGCGAGAGGCCGAGCUGCCGCUGAACGUGCUCAUGGAGGAGAUCCAGAAAGAGCCGGGCGCAGAGCUGUUCUUCCAGGCAGUUGCCACCAGUGAAAGCACAGCCAUUGAAAUCAUCCUGCGGCACAGUGAGCUCAUCUCAGAGGCCAUUAAGCAGAGAGCAAACGUGGAGGGCUUGGCUCCAGGGGAAGCAGGACUCACAGAAGCAGUGAAAGAGCUACUGAGUAUUUCUGCUCAAAAGAAAAGCUCAGAGGCCUCCCUGAAAGCAGCUUUAAGUACAGCACAGGAGAAGUCUGUCCCAGCCAUCAAGAUCUGUCAGCUGCUGUGCAAUGUCCAUGAGUCUUUCCCAGACUUGCAGCCAGUGAUGCAGGAGCUAGGGCAUGUGGGGCUCUUGACUGAGGGAAGUGGAGAGAAACCUGGAAUCAAAAAGUGGAAGGUGAACAGCGAAUCCCAAGUGGAAGCUCUGGACAAAGAAGAGGACAAGGCAGGAGGUGCUGCAAUCAAGGAACUGAAGGAACCUCAAGGGAAAGCAUCUUCCAAGAAGAAUUUCAUCUGCAAAGCCUGUGAGAAGAGCUUCCACUUCUACUGCCGCCUGAAGGUGCACAUGAAACGUUGUCGGGUGGCCAGAGGAAAGCAAAUCCAGUGCAAGGAAUGCACCGAAGUCAAAUCGACAAAGAAAGAGCUGGAGAAGCAUCAGCUGGAGGUCCAUGGAGAGGUGGGGAUGGCCAAGAAGAAGAAGAAGAAGCGUCUUCCUGUGACGUGUGACAUCUGUGGCCGAGAAUUUGCUCAUGCUUCAGGAAUGCAGUAUCACAAGCUGACUGAGCAUUUUGACGAAAAGCCCUUCUCCUGUGAGAAGUGUGGGGCCAAGUUUGCAGCCAACUCCACGCUGAAGAAUCACCUGCGGCUUCACACCGGGGACCGGCCCUUCGUGUGCAAGCACUGCCUGAUGACCUUCAUGCAGGCCUCAGCCCUUGCCUACCACACCAAGAAAAAGCAUUCUGAGGGGAAGAUGUAUGCCUGCCAGUACUGCGACGCCGUGUUUGCCCAGUCCAUCGAGCUCUCACGCCAUGUUCGAACCCACACAGGGGACAAGCCGUACGUCUGCCGGGAGUGUGGGAAGGGCUUUCGCCAGGCCAAUGGGCUCUCCAUCCACCUCCGGUCCUUUCACAACAUUGAAGAUCCCUACGACUGCAGGAAGUGCCGGAUGAGCUUUGCCACCCUGCAGGAGCACCGCAAGCACAUCCACGAAGUCCACUCCCGAGAGUACCACCCCUGCCCUGACUGCUCCAAAGUCUUCAGUGCCCCAUCCCUCCUGGAGCGCCACAUGGUGACCCACGUUGGAGGAAAGCCCUUCAGCUGUGGCAUCUGCAACAAAGCUUACCAGCAGUUGUCAGGGUUGUGGUAUCACAACCGGACCCACCAUCCUGACGUCUUUGCAGCUCAGAAUCACCGCUCCUCCAAGUUCUCUUCCUUGCAGUGCAGCUCCUGUGACAAAACCUUCUCCAGCACUGCUGCUCACCGAAGGCACGUGAAGGCAGAGCACUCAGGUGUGAAGUUCCAUGACUGUGAGAUGUGCAAGGAGCAGUUUCCCACACUGGCUCUCCUGCAGGUCCACGUGAAGUGCCGGCACUCAGGGUCAGAACCAUUUCACUGCUUGUACUGCUCAGCCUCCUUCUGCUUCCCAGGGGCCCUGCAGCACCACGUCACCACCGAGCACUUCAAGCAGGCACAGAACACCUUCACCUGUGGGCUCUGCGGGGAGCUCUUCACCUCCCAGGGUGAGCUGGAGGGGCACUGCAGCACUGAGCAUCCCAAGGUCAUCUUCACAGAGGCCCAAACCACCACAGCCCAGAUUGUACAGGUGAUUCAGACGUCAGAGCAGGGAGCAGCAGAACACAUCAUCUCUUUUGAUGAGGCCCAGCUCACUGGCUCCCAAGUCUUUGUGACGUUGCCUGAAUCCCAAGCAAGCCAAGCUGGUUCGGAGCUGGUGACAGUGUCUGUGGAGGAUUUGUUUGAUGACAAAGUCACUCUGAUUUGUGAAGAAACCAAGUGAGAGUGAGCAGUG